AUGGAACCAAAGUGCACAAUCAAUUGUCGCCGGCCGGAAUAUCUUCCCACCGGCGGAAGCCAUCUGCCGGAGAGUCCUCGAGUGCCAAUGGAGUUUCUGUCAAGGUCAUGGAGUGCCUCAGCUCUUGAGGUCUCAAAAGCUCUUGCACCUCAACCACCUCCUCCUCCUUCUUCCAACCCUGCAAAUGGAACCACUCCUCCUAUUCCUGAAGAAACUUGUGGUGGCCACUCUCUCUCUCAGGACUUCUCAACUGUGUCUAAGAAUCAGUUCUCUUUCGCUUCCUCUGCUACCUCACAGCUUGUCCUUGAACGCAUUAUGUCACAGUCCGCAAGAGAGGAAGUUUCGCCAUUAACCUCAGGUAGACUAUCUCAUAGUAGCGAGCCUUUGAAUGGUGGUGGUUCAUUAACCGGAACAGAUAGCCCUCCAAUUUCUCCUUCAGAUGAAUUUGACGACGUUGUUAAGUUUUUUCGGGCAAACAAUUCCAUUCACCCCUUAUUCAAUGGUGGACGAGCCAGUGCUGCUAUUGGCAAUGGCACAGCUUGCUCAGGACCAAAAACUGUUGGUAGAUGGUUGAAAGACCGAAGAGAAAAGAAGAAAGAAGAAAACAGAACCCAUAAUGCUCAGCUGCAUGCUACUAUUUCAGUGGCUGCAGUGGCUUCUGCUGUAGCAGCCAUUGCGGCUGCAACAGCAACCUCAUCUGCACCCAACAAGGAUGGGAAGAUGGCCAAGACAGACAUGGCUGUUGCAUCAGCAGCAACAUUAGUUGCGGCACAGUGUGUAGAGGCUGCCGAAGCAAUGGGAGCUGAGCGUGAAUACCUUGCUUCAGUGGUCAGCUCAGCUGUUAAUGUCCGUUCUCAUGAUGAUAUCAGUACUCUUACAGCUGCAGCUGCUACAGCUCUACGAGGAGCAGCAACCUUGAAAGCAAGAGCUUUGAAGGAGGUAUGGAAUAUUGCAGCAGUUACACCACUAGAGAGAGGCAUAGGGGGGGUUGGAAUCUAUAGUGGGGAAAUAGUCAGUGGAGAAAAUUUUCUGGGUGCCAGUAGCCAAGAGCUACUUGCUAGGGGCAGUGACUUGCUCAAACGCACCCGUAAAGGUGAUCUUCAUUGGAAAGUAGUUUCUGUUUAUAUACAUCGAACAGGCCAGGUAAUGCUGAAAAUGAAAAGCAGACAUGUUGCAGGAACCAUUUCCAAAAAGAAAAAGAAUGUUGUGGUAGAUGUGUGCACGGAUUUACCAGCAUGGCCAGGAAGACAUCUGUUAGAUGAUGGUGAAAAACGAAGGUACUUUGGAUUGAAGACAGACGCAAGGGGGAUUGUGGAGUUCGAGUGCAGAAAUCAAAGAGAAUAUGACAUCUGGACUCGAGGGGUUUCAAGGCUUCUCUCCAUUGUUGCACAGAGACAGAAUAGAUAUGGGAAUUGA